AUACCACAUUUCAAGGAAAUAUCAGAUAGACUUUAACCAACAGUACAGAAAUGAUAAAUAACCUCACUUUUUGAGUAGAUAUUGUGAGUGUGUACUUUGAGAAGUUCGUUAGUGUUUUUGUUAGUUUAGAAAAUUAAUGUGACAAAAUGAAUACCGAUGAAAUAGUCAAAGCAGAAAUGAAAUUGGAAUACGAUCGCUAUGUUAGUGCUCUCUUCUCUACCUUGAGGACAAUCUAUCCUAAGUAUCAUCCAUUCUGGUUCAUCUUUUAUAUGUAUAUAUUGUAUUCUAGGAUAGUGAAAAGAAAAAUUAAAUACAAAUUGAAGUCUGUAUCAGAUGAAGUUAUUAGACAUUUUAUAAAAUCCAAUAAUAAUUGUAAUGAUGUUAAUAAUAUCGUUAUAGUGCAGAAAGAAAAUGUGUAUAAAAGUGAUAAAAUUCUCAGAUUAUUUUCUGAAGAAAACAGAUGCAGCAGAUACGUUCAUGUUGUUCCAGCCACAGAGGGCAAUGAUACUGAAACCUUGCUAGUUGCUGAUGAUUUGUAUUACAACUUGGAAAAUAGUGGAUUCAGAUUUCCUCUCCGGUUACUAAACAUUCAUUGCAGUAAUGUCACGUUUGCAGAUGAAAUCAAUAUUUCCUUGAUAAACUCACCUUUUGAUAUAAAUAAUUCAGUAAUUGAUUCAAUUCUAGAGAGAUAUUUCAAAACCCCUAAAUUAAUAAAUAAAGAGGAUAUAAUAUCAAUCAAUGUGAAAUAUUUUGCCAGUGAUCUAUAUUUUCUAAAUAGCAAACUAAAAAAUGUCCAUAAUAUUUAUUUCAAAUGUAAUAGGGUAAUGUAUCGAAAUGUAGAUAUAGACAAGAGUUGUUAUUGUGUAAUUGGUGAGACCGCAGUAAAGCAGAGUAAUAAUAUUCAAAGUUUUCUACCAAAGAAAUCAACUAAAUUCGUUGGACAGGAAGGAGGAGUCAUUAAGGAAAUUCCAACAUGUCCCUACGGACUAUCAGAUCAUCUGGAAAACAUGCAGGUAGCACUUCUCCCAUUUUUAAGGAAAAGAAAAGUUAACUUACAUCCAGCCUUCUUGAUGGUAGGGAAUGCUGGCAGUGGAAAAAGAUUGCUGGUUUCUUGUCUAGCUGCCCGUUUGGGAAUGCACUACUAUGAAAUAAAUAAUUAUGAUUUGAGCGCUAAUGUAUAUGCUCAUAAUGAAUCGAAACUGCAUAACGUUCUCUUCACCGGAAAAAUGGCUGCUCCAUGUAUUAUCGGUAUUCACAAUUUUGAGAGUUUUGGGAAGAACAGUGAAGGGCAAUAUGACGAACGUAUAAUGGGAAACUUCUCUGACGAAUUGAAAUUCCUCUUCGAAAAUAAUAUCUUUCCUGUUUUCCUAUUUUGCUGUAGCAACCAGAAGGAUAUUCCCACUAAUUUGCGAAAACUAUUUUUGGAAACAUUUGAGAUCGGUGCCCCGUCAGAAUUGCAACGAGAACAUAAUCUCAGAUGGAUUUUGGAAGAGGAACGUUUGAACACGGAUAUCAUGUUGUCAGAAAUUGCUAACAAAACCCACGGUUUUUUCUAUGAAGAUCUCAGAGCGCUUGUAUAUCAUGCGAGAAGAGAAUUACGAAAACGCACAUCACAAUCUGAUAAAACUGAUAUCUGCGAAACUGAUUUCUUU